GUGCCAAUAAUUGCUCUGACAGCGACAGCUACGCCCAAGAUCGUCGCCGACACUAGAGAUCAUUUAGGAAUUGUGGACUCAAAACUGUUCAUAAGUAGCUUUGUGAGGUCUAAUCUCACAUAUGAGGUUGUGCCAAAAGCUGCAAAAACGUUCGUGAAUGUGCUUCAACGGAUGAAACAGUUGUAUCCAGGAAAAGCUGGCAUUGUUUAUUGUCUGUCAAGAAAUGAAUGCGAAACUGUGUGCACUUUAUUGACGAAAGCUGGGAUAUUGGCAGAAGUUUAUCAUGCAGGACUUGCCGAUAAUAAGAGAGUGCAGGUACAACAUCGUUGGUUACGAAAUAAUAUUAGUGUUAUAUGUGCAACGAUUGCUUUUGGAAUGGGUAUCGACAAACCGGACGGUUACUAUCAAGAGACUGGACGAGCUGGACGAGACGGGAAUCCAUCGUAUUGUCUAUUGCUGUACAGUUAUCAUGAUGUGCACCGUAUACGGCGGAUGAUUGAGGGUGACGACUGUCAAGCUCCAGCAAGCGUCCGAUCUAUGCAUCUACAAAACAUCUACCAAGUGGUGUCGUACUGCGAAAAUAUUUCAGUCUGCAGGCGAAAGCUUCUCGUUGAGCAUUUUGGAGAGGUAUAUGAUGCACAAAUGUGUCUAAAAAGUACGACACCAUGCGAUGUGUGUCAGCGCUUGAAGCACAACUCAGAAGCUGUGAAGUUGUACGACGUCUCCGAUGAGGCGAUUAUGAUU